GCCAUGCAGGAGGAGGGCAUUAACACGUACGAGAGCUACCGAGAACUUCUUUCUGCUCUGAUGCGUGAGUUUACUGAACAUGAAAGCUUCUAUUCUCCGUUCAUGCUUGAUGGCUGGCAAAUCCAACUGUUCAAAUAUUGCGUUUGUGGCGCAUUUAACAGUGAAAUUGGAGACUUAGUUAUCUACGGGUUAUCAAACCUUACAGGUCUUCCAUGCAAAGUGGUUACAGAAGGUUGUAAUAAAGUUCCUUACAUUCAUGUUGUGACUCCAGACAGAUUAAAUAAGACAGAUGUUCAUGAUGGCAGUUUACUCUUGCUGCUGACUAGUCUUCACUACGAGCCGCUGGUUAAAAUGGUAAGUGAUUAAUUUGAGUUAACUGAACAUGAAAGGCUCUAUUAGAUACACCCAAGAGUUAGAAACUGAAGCCAUCUGUAUCUUUAUGGGGCACAUUUUCAAGGCAAAGAUAAGGUCCACGUGUUAAUGAACUUGGUUUUAUAGUAUUUUUCUCUGUCUGUCUGCAAAUGUUUCCUUUUCAAACUAAGUACAUGAGGGAACAUAGAUGUUAAAGUAACUGAGGCAAAAAAUGAUAACAAACUUGAAAUCCCUUUCCACUUGGAGGUUGGACACUGACGCUUUUACUAUAAUCCCAGGGGACUCACUUUUACCCUCACAUUAAUUUCUGAGGGUAUUUUUAUUUUCCUCUUUUAUUUCUUUUAGGACCAGCAGCAAAGUGACGAGGAGAAAGGAGAAGUUUUUGGAUGCAAAAGACAGGAAGUGCACCAAAACAAGGGAAGUGAUGGCCAUGAAGUGCACCAAAACACCAACAGUGAUGGCCAUGAAGUGCACCAAAACACCGACAGUGAUGGCCAUGAAGUGCACCAAAACAAUGGCGGUGAUGGCCAAGAAGUGCACCAAACCAACAACAGUGAUGGCCAGAAAGUGAACCAAAACAAUGACAGUGAUGGCCAAAAAGUGCACCAAAACUAUGACAGUGAUGGUCGAGAAGUGCACCAAAACAAUGACAGUGAUGGCCAAAAAGUGCACCAAAACAAUGACAGUGAUGGCCAAAAAGUGCACCAAAACAAUGACAGUGAUGGCCAAAAAGUGCACCAAAACACCAACAGUGAUGGCCCGGAAGUGCACCAAAACAAUGACAGUGAUGGCCAGAAAGUGCACCAAAACAAUGACAGUGAUGGCCAAAAAGUGCACCAAAACAAAGACAGUGAUGGCCGAGAAGUGCACCAAAACAAUGACAGUGAUGGCCAAAAAGUGCACCAAAACAAUGACAGUGAUGGCCAAAAAGUGCACCAAAACUCCGACAGUGAUGGCCCAGAAGUGCACCAAAACACCGACAGUGAUGGCCAUGAAGUGCACCAAAACAAUGACAGUGAUGGCUGUGAAGUGCACCAUGAUGGCCAAGAAGUGCACCAAAAGAAUCAAAGCAUUACACAUGAAGACCGUGAAAAAGUACGUGACUACAUGAGAAACUGUACUAAAGCAACCAGCAUUUACUAAAGGAUCUUCCAUCUCUAAAUGAAGAGCUUUUAUUUAUUACAGCAUAAUGAGAAUUGGCAAGAUAAUACUACUUAUUUAUUUGAAAAAGUAAUAAUUAUCACUUCUUUAGUGAAUCAGAAAAUGUUCUUCUUUAUAUACUGAGGGCCUGUAAAAGCAGGCAUGCUGUAGCUUCAUAAAUGCAGUGCUCUAGGGGUAAGAAUUGAUACAGAGAGUCCUUGAUAUUGUAUCAGUGAGGGGGAGCACUGAUAGAAAAAUGGUAUUUCAAAUAGUGGCUUAGUAUGACAUAAUAAUAAGUAUUUUUCUACUGUUUUUUCUUUAACAAUAGGUUUUGGAAGUCAAGCUUACAGAGUCUGAUGAAAAGUUAAAUGAAGGUAAGGCUUUUUCUCCCUAGUUUGAGGCCAACAUUGAAAGGGCCAGGGAAAAGGGGGUUGAGCACAACAAUUGUCAACGUUAAUCGUUCAAUUGACCCAAGUUCUAAUGUCACGGAUUGCAGUUAUGGUCUCUUUAUUCUUCAUCUUUCUCUCUUUCCAGCAUUUUUUUUUAACCUUGGCAUAUGAAAUUUAUUUCAAGAACUUCUGAGGUUUAAUUUCUUUUGUUCGUAGAUGUUGGGGCCGAUCCCGUAAAAAGUGAGCCAGUAGCAGAAAUAAAAAUGCGGAAAUCCAUAAUGGUAAGUGGAUUGAGAUCAGUGUAACUUAUGCCUUAAUAUUACUUUAUAGGACAACUUAGGAUUUAUCAUAGCCUGUAGGACCUAUCAAUUUGGUAACUCCUGGGGCUGGGUUAAGGAAGAUUAGUUUCAGUUUAUCAGCUUAUGAUGUUAUUGGCUCGACUUUGAACAGUCCUAUUUGUACUUUUUCGUAUAAGUUGUAAUGUGUGUGUACUUACAUUAGCUUUAAGAAGUCAGGGCAUGUUCUUGUCAUGUUUUGCACUCAACAGUCACUGACUAUGGGUGCUGAGUAGGCUAUGCGUGGGUGUACUUAUCAGUUUUCUGUUUAAGUCUGCUUUAUUUUGAUUUUCACAGAUGACAAGGAGACUGUGGUCAACUCUAAAAUCUAAAUUCAGACGCAAUACUAACAAAACUGAGAAGAUAAGAAAUGAAAUCAAGCCCUCUUGGAUCAGACGAUGUUUGCCAUCAAUUUCAUGUUGCUUUGGAAGCAAGACAAAGCCAGAGUAAUAUUAUUUAAUAAGGUAAGGGUCGAUUUCUAAUGUUUUUCACACAGGGCUGCAUUAUUGUUAAUUUGAAGCUGGAAGGGGUGUUACCAAUUAAGAUGGCAAGGUGUUCCCAAGUGAAGAUUUAUUCCUUUUUUCUUUUCUUUGACAUUUAAGUUCAAACUUAAGAUCCAAACAAUUACCAACCUGACAGCGGCACCCUCUAUGAGAUGGACCCCUCAGUAAAAUGGACACAAAUAUUUGGUCGUAGCCUUUUUAUCUCGAUCCCUUUAAUUGACUGUCUAUAAGACAGACAUCAUUCUUACACAGACACUUAGUACCAGUCCCAAACUUAAAGAGAGUUAACUGAACAUUUAAUACUUCUUCAGUUAUGAAAUAUGGAAGGUUUAGAACAUGCAGUGUCUUGCAUGUAUUUACAAAACUGUCAUGCCUCAUUAGAAGUGGGAUUCACUAUACAGGUUGGCUGAUUUCUAAAAUGCAUUGACCACAGUCUUCCUGUUUGAGCAACAUUUUUUAUUCAAGGUACAAUCUUAGAUAUGUAAGCAAGCAUCUUUGACCACCUUGGUUUCGUACCCUCUGUUCUUACUCAAAGUUUUACUUUUUUGCAGGCUCUACAAGAUCAGACCUGUCGUGACAGCUUUCCAUCCCACAAAAGAAGGAAAAAAAAAAACAAAACAAAAAAUAAAUAAAUAAAUAAAUAAAAAUUUAAAAAUUAAUUGAAAAACUAUCUAAAAAAAACACAAAACUGAGAAAAAAUUAAACAAGUAAACAAACAAAAAAGAGUAUGGUCACGACAGGCCAGGAAAGGAACUUGACUUGGAUGGGACACAGUUUGUGAACCAAUCUACCCAAGACUAUGGCUUAUGGAAACCAAGACCCUGCAGCCCUGCCUUUCCUGUUACUGGUAAUUUUUUGUUUAUUUUUUUCAGUGUCAAGUGCAAUGCUCUAGCUUCUUUUAAUAGCUCUAUUUUGAUCAGUUUUGUCGUAUGACUGUUAACCCUGUUAACCCCCCCCCCCGGGGGCUCAUAUCCAGGGGGCUUAUAUCCGGGGGUGGGGGCUUACAUCCGGGGGAAUUAUUUCCCCUGGGGGGGUUAUAUCCGGGGGGCUUAUAACUGAAACCCUCCCUUCCCUAGAGGCUACCACUGGGUUUUCCAAUAAAAAUAGGAAUAUCAAAUAUCUUUUUCCCUCUCCCCAGCCCCCCUACGACACAAAGAAGCUUUUGCGUAGGAGUGAGACUGGAAUAAAGAAAGCUCUUCGAAACAAGCUAUAACAGUGCUGAUAAAAUACGUUUGCAUCUAGUGAUUUUUAAUUAAGCUUCCAAAUGUCAUAAUAAAUAAAACAGUCAUUUCAAUACCUUUGAUCAGAGGCUAAAGUUUUUUUUUUGCCCAACAGUUGCCGCCGGAUUGGUUUGGUGCACUAAGAGCCAGUAACAAUGAAAAGGCUGAUCCUACUCAGAGAGCAAUUGAAGUUACGAAAAAGGCGUUCCUAUCUCCAGUACAAGGGAAGCAAGCACGUGGUAGCAAUUCCAGUGUUGGCUAUAGAGCUUUGUGCGGGAACUCCCUCUUAUCCCCAAAUGCAGGGAACAGUUUCUUAUUAACCUUCACAGUCUCUAAAUGUUCGUGAAAGUUAAGCUAAUACCACACCAUGGAGAUAGUGUGGUACAUUAUGUGAUGGCCAAAAUGAAUGAUGUGUAAUACGUUUGGCGAAAGCAAAAACAAAACAAAAAUACUGAAGAAAAAGAAGAAGAGAAAACAAACAAGCAUACAGGUCGAGGUGUGCGCGUGUUUUUCAAUAUAGCGGUACUUUUCUCAAGAGUCCGCAAGGAUGACAAGAUAAAAAAACAAAAAAACAACAAAGCAAAACAAAAAUAGUUAUGAAGGAUGACAAAUAAAUUGGUCGUCUUUUGUGAUGAUGCAGGUUGAUGUGCGUGACCUACAGGUUAUGGAUAAUAGUGUGGGUAGGAUAGUCAAGUAGUGUACCAGUGUAGAAAAAAUUACAAAUAAACGACUGGGAGAAAAGAAAAUGUGUAGACACUGUUCAUUAUUAGUGUUGAGAUGCGGUUUUUCAGGGUAAAGGCUUUUGGGCUAGCUUGCGUGCAGACGUGCAACAAAGGAAAAAGGGAGGGGACGUCUGCGCGUGGGGUAGAUACCCGUCGCAGAAAACAAUAACAGAUCAUUGUUUAUCAUUAUUUCCCAUUGUUUCACGGUGAGGGUAUCGAACCAUUCGGCUUUUAGGGUUAGGAAAGCUGUUGCAUGACCCUAGUUUAUGGUCAACGAAGACCACUGGCCUCUAAAGGUGAGGCCGCCAGCAAUACCCUGGGUCCUAGAGGUUUUUCCUGCGCACCGCUCGUGCCUUCGGCCUUCGGCCGACGUAAGCUCCUCACCGCACGCGAAAAAAAGCCUCUGGUGGGUGAGUGGGCCAGCAAGUAAAGCUCUCCAUAAUUUAAGUAUCUAGGAUUGCUCUUGAUUUCAGUGGCCAUCGAUUCUGACACUUAAAGUUUACAAGAGAGAAUAGGCUGAUUAGAAACUACAAGUAGAAAGUUUUCGAGACGGUUUCGUAGUGGGCAGUACAACUUUUCCCGCGAAAAAUCGUCACCUUGAAUUAAGCAUUCCAUAUCUUAUUAUGUUUAAAUAUCCAGACCUAACUAAAAAUAGUGUAAGAAAAGAAAAAAGUAAGCUAUUCUAUAGCGUGGUAGUAAACAUGUCCUGACUGCACUGCGAACAACUUUUUCUUCCCAUAAAAUAUUCAGAUAAUAAAUCUAUGAAAUGUUUUUUCCAGCUGAUGAAGGCGAUAAUUACAAUUUAUGACGGAUUAAGGCUUACCUCCAACACGUAGAUUUAUUUUUCAUUAAGCAAAUAUUUCGAGCAUCUGUAGCAAAUAUGUGUUCCGUACAAUUUUUGCCUGACUUGUCAAAUUUUUCUUAGACUGGUUUAUUGAUUUGAAGAGUAUGGCUGUUAAUUGCCAGGUGCCAUAGAAAAUCAGGAAUGGUUUUCAAGUGCUGGAGCUUGGAAUCGUCCACUUUCGAUUCGUGUUCAAAAUUAAAUAUUAAGGUUUGGAAUUUUUUUCCGUGAAUGAUACUGAUUCUGGCGCAAUUUGAAUGUUAAACCAGGAACAACGGAAUCCCCUACCGGGGAAAAAUGCUGUCUUUUCGUGUCAAGUGAUCGUGGGAUCCAAUAAAGGAGAAAGGUCAGUUUCGAUCGUAAACAUCGCAUUCGCAAAAAAAUUGAUGCAGAGUUAGUAUCUGUAAUUCUAAGGUCCAUUAAAGUUGCUCAUCCCCGUCUUUUGCAGUCCUGUUAGAAUGAUUUUUUCCGCUAGCACACGCUGUAGUUUAAGGUAAAUUGUUUUUUUAGCCCUAUAAUCACUUCUUGUAAGGGAAUCUAACACAGUGCUAAUCUUGGAUUCUAUUCUGAAUUACACGCAGUAGAUUCUGGAUUCCAGGUACGGGAUUCCCGAUUCUUUGUCGGUCGAACUUGGAUUCCGGAAUCCUUGAUUCCGGGUUGCAAAGACCAGGAUCCAAAACUCAAAAUUUCCAGAUUCCGGAAUCCGGAUUCCCGUAUACAUGCGAUGAUACGGUCUUUGUAUCCUGUCACUACAGGAAGUAGAAGGGAGUUAAAGCAGCGACGUUUUUGAGCGGCGUACGUCAACCGGAAGUGGACUUUUAGCACACUUGAGCUGUGAUUUUGAAUUAACGUUUUAAAUCGUCUCUAUGAGGGUAAAGACACUUAACAAUACAAAUUUGGUGGCGUCAAGGCAUAUUAAAGGGGAAAGGCUCACUUCCGGUUGACGUGCGUCGUUCAAAAACGUUGCUGCUUUAGCUCCCUGAUGUAAAUUGAAGGCUCUGCAGUACGUGAGAUAGCCUGGAAACGAGUUAUAAUUUCAACUUCCGGGGCAGAUCCUGAUGAAGGUCAGAAAAAGUAGUGACAGCGUUAUAAAAACCUUUCAUUGCGUUCAAAACCAAAACAGAGGCUACAAUAUAGUGCUCCGUCGCUAACAAGACAUGCUGAAAGGCAUCUACUAACACCAUAACAUAUUAUUCUAAAUAAGGAUGUUGUACUGAUCAUAAAUGCGCAUGCGUAAAUUAGCUAAUUGGUUUCCAUGUUACGUCAUAAAGGUAACUAGGUAGUAGAUGAGUCGUUAAGCUACAUGGUAGACGCGAAUACGCUUCAGUCUAAUAAAAGCUAUUGAGAAAAUUUUGUUUCGAAAACUGAGAACGUUGAUUUAUCAAAAUGAGUCGUCAAAAUGAAGGUGAGUACAUAGUUAAGUUAAUGUACCCUUAAUUUUUGGGCAAAAAGAUAGUCUUAGAAGAUGAUGUUACUUGAGGGAGGCCGGCACCACUCGCAAAUUUGAUUAUGAAUCGGGACGUGGUAGAAGUUUGGGCAGACAUAUUUUUUGCGCACUUUCGAAAUAAAUACGGUAACUUUAAUUUAAUUUAAUUUAGGCCGAUAUCAGAGAGAGUUUUCUUGAGGGAAAAAAUUGAAGAAAGAUAUUUUUUAAGCUAGUGAAGCCUUAUUGUAAUUUUUUUUUGUUUUGAGUUGCUACUGCGAGGCGCGCGCGCACAUUGCUGAAACCUUUGCGAAGGAAAAAAAAAGUCUGAUCGAGGGAAAAUUUCUAUAUUUUUGUCAAGAACACGAACUACAUCAAGACAAAGAGGAAGAGCUGCAAAGAAAAACGACUAUUCCGAAAAACUACAUUUUAGCUAGAGUUGGCAUAAAUUACAUAUUUUAACGAGCGUUCCAUUUGAAGUAAUAAUGGUAUAGAAUAUACUUUCGUGAGCACUCUAAAAGCGUGAAACAAACUCCUUUUUCACUAGUAAUAAAGCAACUCGACAGUUCUCCAAAAAAACAAAUUCUUACCGCUGGCGAAAUUUAGUUCGAAUAGCAAAAAGAUUAAAACGGCGAAGUUUAACACAGUAUAACACAGGCCGGAAUCAAGGCCCUGGUAUGGCACAGAGAAGAGAAGAUAGCCGAAGGCGCGCGCAGAUGUGUACAUAUAUUAAAAACGACCAAUAGCAGAGUGUCAAUUUUAAGACAGUCGCAUUCGGUCUAUUUUGAAUUUUCGCACGUUUUUGCGCUCUCCUCUUUUGACUGUCAAUGAGUUAGAGCAAGCACUGGGGCCGCGCGAGUGAUUGGCGUGGUGCCGAAGAAAACUACAGUAACUGUCUUAAAGGUACGUGCGUGCGCACUCAAACAUAACUUGAAUGGCGUAUCCAAUCGUCAGCAAAUAACAUGUUGCAAUAACCACAGUUAACAAGACUUCUUAUUGAAAAUAAUCACCCACCUUGCAUAUAAUUAGAUUCAUUUUAGUCUGAAGCGACUGCGUUUCAUCUUCCGGGUCGCUAUACGACGCUUCUUCAUAUAGGCAUUUCCGUAGAUCAUCUGGAUGAUUACAUGGGAACCACACUUUAACGACAAACGUCUGUAAUUUUACGCUUCUAUAGAGAAGGAAAACUGCAGCUCCGAUCAAGCGGGCACACCACGAUCUGUAGAAGAAUACCUUCAGCAGGAAGGAUUACGCAGAGUACCGGUUCCGGCGGAUGGCCACUGCUUACUGCAUGCUUGGCAUAGUGUAAGUGAUCAGAAAAACUUAAAAACCUAGGGAAAAAAUUUAAAGCUAAACUAGAGAAGAACAUAUAUCUUAUGGCUGGAUUGCAAACCAUUAUGGUUCUUGUGCAAACUUAUGCCAACGCUAAUGUAAGUUUAAGGGAAUGCACAUAGUUUCAAGAGAGGUUAAUAUAGAGAAUAACCAAAAAAAGAUUUUUUUUCUCGUUCUACCAAACAUUCAGUAUGUAAAUUCGUCUUGUUGUCUCGUAAACUCUUCAUUUUGCUCGUGCAUUCAGUUAGUUUUUUGCUCUUGAAGCUAGCUACGGUCCCCAAAAAGUAACAAAAGCCUUAUUCAUCGGCUUCCCUAGGGCAAAUGGACCCCCGUCUGAUCCUGGGUUCCCUGAUCCUGGGAUACGUGGAGACUUUGCCCAGGGGCAUCGCAACAAAUUGGACUCGAACUCUCUGAUAAGUGUGGGCUUUGCUUCCGGUGCCUGUUUUGUAAAUGAUUUCAUACAUUAAAUUUGAGCUUGCGACUACAUAUUUUUAUAUCGUUCAUAAAAUCCCUUCCCCAACCAAGCCCCCAGCCCUGCAUCCAUCCACCCCCAGCCCUCCCCGAUCUUAUCCCCGUUCUCGUUUGAACCUCGUCCCCAGGUCCCCAGGGCGCUUUUCCCAAGGAAAAGCGCCCUGGGGACGAGGUUGGUCUCGUUUUUAUGCAGCAGGCGCGGCAACCUACAGUAGUUUUACUGAAGAUUGAAUGAAAUUCAAAAAAACAUCUGUUUCUUCUUGGUCCUUAACAUUUCUUGGUUUUGAUCAACGUUGAGGAGGUUAGAAGGUUGGUUAGACUAACUGAGGAAGAAGUAUUUUGUCAUACCCAGUCUCAUUCAGAAAUUGUUAAAUAAUUUAAGACAUGUAAAUUACGUUUUACCGGUAUAAAUAGGCUAAAUAUUUUGAAAUAUUAAUUUUGUGAAUAAGCCUCGUCUUUUAUGAGGCCAAGUAUGAUCUGAAUAAUUUAUGCAGAUUGAGGAUGACAGUAACUUAUGUUGAGGUUAAGUUCACCUUUCACUUUGACCUGAGAACAGGGGACUCAAUGACUUUUAUUUGCACGCAAAAUGUUGCUCAUACACAUUUACCUAGACUUGCUGCAAGUAGACUAUGAGUAGUCCCUCAUUGUUCCUCAGGGACAUGUGAAAAUCACCCAAUGUGAGAAUUGCCUGCUCUUUCACCGCCGCAUCUCGCUUUUCUCGCAUGGGAUGAUUUUCACGUGUGUUCACGUUUUGUUUGUUCUACUGUCCCUGGGGAAAAAUGAGGGACUAGUCCUAUUCUAUGUCACAAGUCAACCUCACAAGUUUCCUGGUGAGUGGCGGACAAAAGACUUUUUUCAAGGUAAUUAAUGUAAGUUGAUGCAUUAAUGUUUCUCCUUCAGGCCAUGCAGGAGGAGGGCAUUAACACGUACGAGAGCUACCGAGAUCUUCUUUCUGCUCUGAUGCGUGAGUUUACUGAACAUGAAAGCUUCUAUUCUCCGUUCAUGCUUGAGGGCUGGCAAAUCCAACUGGUCAAAUAUUGCGUUUGUGGCGCAUUUAACAGUGAAAUUGGAGACUUAGUUAUCUACGGGUUAUCAAACCUUACAGGUCUUCCGUGCAAAGUGGUUACAGAAGGUUGUAAUAAAGUUCCUUACAUUCAUGUUGUGACUCCAGACAGAUUAAAUAAGACAGAUGUUCAUGAUGGCAGUUUACUCUUGUUGCUGGCGAGCCUUCACUACGAGCCGCUGGUUAAAAUGGUAAGUGAUUCAUUUGAGUUAACUGAACAUGAAAGGCUCUAUUAGAUACACCCAAGAGUUAGAAACUGAAGCCAUCUGUAUCUUUAUGGGGCACAUUUUCAAGGCAAAGAUAAGGUCCACGUGUUAAUGAACUUGGUUUUAUAGUAUUUUUCUCUGUCUGUCAGUAAAUGUUUCCUUUUCAAACUAAGUACAUGAGGGAACAUAGAUGUUAAAGUAACUGAGGCAAAAAAUGAUAACAAACUUGAAAUCCCUUUCCACUUGGAGGUUGGACACUGACGCUUUUACUAUAAUCCCAAGGGACUCACUUUUACCCUCACAUUAAUUUCUGAGGGUAUUUUUAUUUUUCUCUUUUAUUUCUUUUAGGAACAGCAGCAAAGUGACGAGGAGAAAGGAGAAGUUUUUGGAUGCAAAAGACAGGAAGUGCACCAAAACAAGGGAAGUGAUGGCCAUGAAGUGCACCAAAACACCGACAGUGAUGGCCAUGAAGUGCACCAAAACACCGACAGUGAUGGCCAUGAAGUGCACCAAAACAAUGGCGGUGAUGGCCAAGAAGUGCACCAAACCAACAACAGUGAUGGCCAGAAAGUGCACCAAAACAAUGA